AUGCCACACCAUAACACCCCAGUGCGCCACGCUGGCCUUGCUGAGAUCAAUGAACUAGUUGCCCGACUAUACAUGACCACACCUGACGUUGCUGAUGAAGUGCGCGAGCUUCUGCAAGCAGGCCUCCAGCGGCGAGAUGGAGGUAUCAGUCUACCACCGAGAUUGCUGGAUCGAGUUGUGUCAGGACCCGGGGAACGGCGGGCAACUUUGCGCGAUUGGAUCAUGCCCAUAACUCAAAGGAUCAGCGGAUCAGGCCGAACUCUGCAUGCAAAUCCUGCGCCUGAGCAUGGAGGCUCAGCUCAUCGACAGGAAACCCCUCGACGCACGACCCGGCAUGGAACUCCUGCGACUCACCAUGAAGCUUCAGGUCAUCACAACCAUACCCCUCGACGUACAUCCCGACAUGAGACCCCUACGCACCAUGAAGCUCCAGUUGGUCACCAUGGUCAUCGACACGCAUCUCGACAUGCAACUCCAGGUCGCCACCACCAUCACGGAGACCGACAUGUGACCCCUGCACCUCAACAUGAAGCUCCAGUGGCUCAUAACGCCCCUCGACACACAUCCCGAAAUGCAACUCCAGGUCAUCACCACCACCACGGAAACCGACAUGCAGCCCCUGCUCACCAUGAAGCUCCAGGGGCUAACCAUGCACCUCGACACACGUCCCGACACGGAACUCCGGGUCAUCACCAUGGAACCCGACAUGCUCGACAUGAAGCCCCAGUGUCUUACGUCUACGAGCCUGUGGAUUCAAUGAGAGAUCAGAUUGCAGUACCUCGGGAUGUCCUUAGCCAGCUGGCCCGACCAAUUGUUACCCAGAGCAUGAUCAACUCUGAGGACGCGACUUGUGUUAUUUGCCAGGAUGAUAUGAAGGUAGGAGACGAGGUGAUGCUGCUCCCUUGUUCACACUGGUCUUUUCAUGCUGCCUGCAUUGAGCCGUGGCUUCGUCGAUCUAAUACCUGCCCUUCUUGCCGUCGGAAAGUUGAGUAG